CAGCAGAGCAGCUCACCCCGUCUUCCUGAGGCUCCACAUACAGCUCGUCCCCGAUCCUGGACAGAGAGUGGACGGCUUUGCCCAGCACUGUGCGUAAGAUGUGAGGAACGCUGCCGUGUUCUCACUCUCCUCCCAUCAGAGGUGAUAUAAGCAGCUGCUGACGAAGAGGUAUUACUAGAACAGGCUUGAGUGCCCAAACGGUGGACAUUUAGAGAAAGAGAGACACUUUUACAAGAAGCAAGAGGAGCUAUGUAAAAAGCUUGUUUUUCAAGAGAGAAGGACUUUUGUUGCACAAUUUGAGGACUGUUGAAAGAGUGGAUGUAAAAUGACAGCGAGGCGUAUUUGAGAAGAAGCAGCAGGAAGAUAAGAGGUAAAACGUGGGCCUCGGCUUGAUUUCGUGGUGAGGAACUGUUCGCACGAUGAAAAGAGAGCCGAAAACUUGGCAAGAGCAAGCCAACCCUCGUCGGAGUCUUUUCAGCCAAAGCUGGAUUAAAGGAGAGAAAUGAUCACAGCACAGGUACAUUUUUCUGUCUUGUUAUUGAGCUUCAACGAAAUGCAGCAGUGAGUAGAAGCUAUCCCUGUUGCGCUGGAUGUGCUACGUUGUUCACAUGUGUUUCAGUGAAACCAGGAUCUGACACACUGAAGAUUUGUUCCUAGAUGUCUCAGUCACCUCAUUCAACAGACAGCCAGGCCGUGUUGCAGUCUAUGCUGCAGAGACUGAAGCUUCAGUCAGGAAGAGAGGGCCAGACGCUUUUUCAAACACCUGUAUCCUCCUCUGCAGCUCCGACUCUGGGCCAAAAUGGUGAGAGAGGAGCUGCCAGCCUCCAGGGAGUUCCCAGCAGUCCUGUGAAUGUGCUUAGUUUUAACGGGUACCCUUCAAAGGAGUUCUCAAUCUCAGCCACAAACAGUACCUCUGGCUUCCUAAGGGAUGAAAAACACCAAGCAAGUUCUGCUUUGGAAGAGACCAGAAGUCCAACUUUCUUCCCUUCACAGAAAGUCAGCCCCAAUGGAGACUCAGGCAAGAAGUGGGAGCUGGGUCAGGCUCCAGGGCCUGGGUUCUCCCCAACAAACACAAGGCCGCUUUUUCCUGCUAAACCACAAAAGGAGGUUAAACUCACUUUCUUUAAGAGGGCAGAUACAGAGAAGGAGAGCAUUGGCAGCACCUUGAUGAGAGAAGACGUUCCUGCUAAUACCGGUGCUGUUUUGAACAUGAUGGAAAACCAGAACCACGUCCCGGCGUGGUCCGGGAACAGCACAGACGCCAGUUUAGCUGGUGGGGGAAAUAUAGGAUCCCAUGUUGGAAACGGAGGAUUCGGCAGCUUGCAACAAAAUAACGACUUGCAGGUAUUUUCAAACAGCCAAGUAGCAACAAGCAUGAGGAGAAAACGAUCAACUGAGAAUAAAACGAGAAGAUGGACACAGAAGCUCAAGGAGAAAUUUAAGGACAGACAUGGGAAUUCUGGAAAAAAGGGAAAAGAAGAUGGACUUCCUGGACAAGAAACGCAAGUAAUAAUGCCAGAUACACCAGGCAACAAACCAAAUAAUGAUCCAGUUGCAACCUUCUCUCCUUCGGACUGCACUGAUUCCAGCAAAUUACAUCCUGCACAAACAGAAGACAACACUACUGCGAGCUACAUCGGGCGUAGCAGUGACUUUGACAUCGGCUUGGGGUCAUUCAGCCUUCUGGACGAGAUCACCAAGGGUCAGGAGUGGGCUAAGUUUUUAAACCCAAACCUCUCCACAUCCUUAGUAACUGAGAGACCAUCAGAGAAGCCAUCAAGCCAUUCCUAUAUUCAGCCACAGCCUCACAGUCUUAAUCAGUCACUGGGAACUUUGAAUCAGGUUGGAGUUGGGAACAACCAGUGGAGCUUCAGGAGUACAGAGUCCUCACCUGGUCCAGUCUUCAGCAUGCCACAGUCAGCCCCUGUUUUCCCAGCUGCAAACAUGGACACUUUAGCAUUAAAGCAGCCGGCUGACCAGUCGGAGCCAAUGGAAGAUGGACAAAGCCGAUCGGAAAUGCUGUCCAAACUCCAGCUUAGGCUGUCAGCGUUCGCAGAGCCAUCAGAUAAUCCUUACCAUUCAAUAGCAAGAAACAGAAUCCAGGUGAGCAGAAAGAGGCAACAUCAGCCAGCUGAGAGGAAAGAGGAGAGAUUUCAGACUGAGAAAAUGAGUGAUGGAGGAAAGACAGAUAAAGGGCCCUUAUCUUCACCAUCCUCAACCAGCAUCCAAAUGAUGGAAGAGUCAGUGGAGUCACAGCAGAGAAACAUCUCAUCUUCACAAGAGCAAAGGUCUCUUCCUGUCUCUCUGUCUUCAACAUCGCUGAGUCCUUCUGCUCCGCCUCCCCGGAGUGUGCUCAGAAACACCAUGUCCCAUGAAGCCGAAUCCGCAAUGGAGACUAUGACAAAACGGAGACGGGUCGAGGAGAACCGCCGGGUUCAUUUUUGCGAGCAGGUGGUCGCCAUAGAGUCGCCGGACAUCAUGGACGAUACGGUGGAAGAGGAGGAUGAGGAGGAAGAUUUGGAAGCAGAUGAUGACUCGUUAUUCGAGCCGGACUUUGAGGCAGCACAGGCAGAAAUAGACGAAGUGUUGCCGGCCCGUCGUUCAAAUCUCCCUGCUUGGAUACAGGCUCUGAAGAGGAUGAAUGCUGGGAAAAAGCACAGAUAGUGGCUGUAGAACAGAAAUGACUCUACUGAAUAAGUAAUGUUUAAAAAAUACAUUUUUAAAACCAUCAUAUUUGAGGAGAGUUUGUCUCCAAAACAGAUUUAUCUGCUUGUGAAAGUGCCAGAGUUUUUAAAGUGGUUUGAAACCACUGGUCUAGGACUCUUUGGUUACAGGAAUUUCUGCUAUUUUAUGCAUUUUUUCCAGUCAUACAUGGAAACCAUAUAAAUUAAUAUUCCUACAGAAUGUGUGUCAAAUAUCUCUGGACACUUGCAUUGUCCUGCUCAGAAACUGCUUUGUUAACAAACAAUCAAUCAGAUCAUAUGCGUCUAGCAAUAAAGUUUAAAUGAAAUGA